AACCUGAAUCACCAACAUGCGGAGAAACUGCACUUUACUGUGAAACGGACUGUAUGAUGAACUUUUACCGGCUGCUUAUUUUACUGGGAGCAUCAGUGUGUGUGUGCGAUGGCGUGCACGUCACAGUGCGGGAGAAGCAGCGGUUUGCAAUGCUCUUCCAGUCUGUGGUCCUCCCGUGUCAGUACCAAACGGCCUCCACUCAGACCCCGGUGGUGCAGUGGUGGUACAAGUCCUACUGUCGAGACCGCACACGGGAGUCCUUUACCCUGCCUGAGAGUCUUGGCAUCCAGGCCUCCGAGGUGGGCGCCACGGCCCACCUGGAGUGCUCCGACAGUAGCCGUACGGUUCGUGUUGUGGCCUCGGCGCAGGGAGCCUCCAUGACGUUGGCUGAGCACUACAAAGGCAGAGACAUCGCCAUCAUUAACAAAGCGGACCUGCGUAUUGGGGAGCUGCAGUGGGGCGACAGCGGCGUGUACUUCUGUAAAGUCGUCAUUGCAGAUGAUCUGGAGGGGAAGAAUGAGGCCCAGCUGGAGUUACUGGUGCUCGGCAGGACAGGUCAGCAGGACGAUAUCCUACCUGAGUUUGAUGUGGAGAUUAUGCCAGAGUGGGCGUUUGUGGGCUCUGUAGUCCUCGGCAGUGUCCUGUUCCUGUUACUGUUGGGGAUUUGCUGGUGUCAGUGUUGUCCCCACUCCUGCUGCUGCUACGUCCGCUGCUGCUGCUGUCCUGAAACCUGCUGCUGUCCACGACACCUAUACGAAGCGGGGAAGAUGGCGAAGAGUGGACCACCUGCUCCGGUUCCUGUGUAUCCGUACUACAUACCUGGUGUUCCUUCUGUGGUUCCUCUCGCCCCUUCAUCUCAUAUGGAGCCAAAGAUCAACUCGAUCCCCUCAGUGGAGAAUAAUCUGGCUGGAGCGCGCAGUGGUUAUCGACUGAAAGCCAGUCCAGACCAGGACUCAAUGAAAGUCAUGUACUACAUAGAGAAGGAGCUGACUCAGUUUCCCACUGCCAAGAUGGCUGCACUCAAACCCAGCAGCCUGUCAGAGCUGAGCUCUCUUCAUGACGGAGGGAACACAGAUUUCAGACACACCUAUCAGACGGUGCAGAUGAAGGCGCUCCCGCCCAUCGCAGACCUUGACGACCAGUCGGUGCUGAGAGCAGCUCCCCCGAUAAAGAGUCGAAGGCCCAGACGGGACAGAGGCAACCACUCAGACGACGAGCUCGACAGAAGGUGGAACCCGCGCUCAGAGCACCUGCAGAGGAAGACGUUGGGCAGAAGAGGACGCACCGGCUCCUUGGACGAGCUGGAGGAUUUCGCCCGGUCUUACAGCUCCCGUGGUCGUCGGGCUGAGCCUCCAGACCGGUCCUACAUGCGGGAUUACAGCCCUCCGAGGCGUUUUUACAGAGAUGAAGAUGAUGACUGGGACCGCCGAAGUCCCUCGCCUUUACCACAGAAGAGGAGGGACACAUGGGACAGUGACCGCCCCUGUCGACCGCCCCAAAGCAAAGGAUACGACAAUACUUUCCUCAACAGUGUGCUGGACAGCAAGGCGAGGGGGCGGGGAGGGGACAGAGGUGCCUAUAGACCGGACGAGGACAGUGACACUCCCUCUAAAGGCAGCUCCAGAGGAAAGGGCAGCGAUAGUUACUACAGCCGGUCGCCCAGCAACCGUCCAGAAGAGGAGGACCCUUUGCCUCCAUACUCUGAGCUGGAGGCGGACCGGUACCGCAGGGCUGAGGCGACCACUGAGCGGUACCGCACUGCAGAGCCUCCCAGAUCAGAGCGAUACAGGACCACUGAGGCAGCCAUGAGGCCUUUCUGUUACACCCGCCCCCACCAGGGAGCGUCCCAAACACUUCAACAGGGCGGCCGCGAGGAGCGAGACAGGAACCGAAACCUGAGCACCGCACUGAGCAGGGACUCUCUCAUAGUGUGAGAAGGUUGCCCAGCCUCGACCCGCACAGCACUGCCAAUCCGUUCAUUUAAACCGUCCUGUUGCCACGCAGGAGAGGCUAACUGUUCUGCCAUCGGCCUCACGAAGUCUGACUCGUCUCACUGAAAAUAACUGCGCUGAAAAAACACAGCAGUAGUGGAUGGAAAAUGCACAAAGCAGCAUGUGCAGUCUUUAUUUUUUACUUGUGCAUGAAUUAUAUCUGCAUGUAUAGACUACAGAAGUUCUGUAUGUGGCGUGUGCAUCAUUUUUAUUUGAGCUGAGUGACUGGAUUAACUAAAACAAGUGCCAAGAUGUUUUUUUUUUAUUAAUUAUUAUUAUCAUCUGCCAACUUUUGUAUCCGUAGGACGCUGCAGUCUUUUCCCACAGACUUUUCACUCAGUACACACGCAACUCAGGUUCACUUUGUAUUUGUGUGUUUGUCUGUUGUUGAUAUCGUACUGUAUGUAAGUACUGUACCUUGAAUUUGUUCUGCAGAUUUUUAAUUGCACUGCUUAAAUACUUUUUUCAAUAAAGAAAACUUAAGUGUA